AUGUCAUGUAAUCAUCCUCACUCUGAUGCCCAUCCAAUUUGGAAUGAAUCAAGAUUCCUGAUGAAUUCAGAGAUUAUCAGCUUUAUAAACAUCGCAAUUCAGCCAAAUUUACCUCAAUAUUUAAAAAGAUUCGGAAUCAAAAACGAUUACACCAUGUAUGAAAACAUUCCUUUUUUCGUUUCUAGAAAACUGGAUUCUCGUGUUAAUGUUGUUGUAGUUCAAGCUUAUCAAGAUUUAAAAGAAUACGAAGCAGGCUAUGUUUUCACUUACCUAAAAGUUUCAAAUGUUAAAAUGUAUGAAAAGAUGUUCAAAAUAUUUUCAACAAAUGAAUAUCUAAACUGUAUUCAGAAUUACAAUAUAAAAAUUGUCAAACAAUACGCUAAACAAUAUCGCGAAGCAAAUUUCAAUCAACGAUAUCUUUAUGAUACUAUUGAUUGUUUAUUCUCAAAAGAAAAGCAAAAAGAAAUCCAUCCUGGUGACACUGUGUUCUACGUGUUCACAGAACUUGACUUAAAAACAGAAUUUUUCGAAUACCUUGGAAUUUAUACUAAAUUAUCACCGAAACGUGAAUUAAUACGUGGUAUGACAGUAGUUAGUAUACAUAUCAAGUGUACGGCGGCACUGCGCGCCUCCUUACCCAUUAUAUGUGAAUUUGACACUUUACAAAACCGUUAA